AUGAAGACCCACAUUUCACUCAUUAUUAUCCUAUUUAUUCCAUUACUACAAUUCACACUCUGUGAUAUUAUAUUACCAACACCAACACCAACCAACAACUCUCCUAAUGCUCCGCCUAUAGUUACAACCAAUGAGCAAAAUAACAACACACCAACACAUGCACCUGAUGCAGACAAAGUUCGCCAUGAUGAUCAUGACCACGAUAAAAAGAGCCCAGAGAUAACCGUUGAAACUAUUUACAAGACUGUGACUGAGCAGACAACCCCUUCUAUCCUCAGUGUUUCUAAUUCUGGCUCAGGAGCCCCACUACAACAACAGCCCAGAAAUGAUACUGCUAAUAAUAAUAAUCCUAACCCGUCUGGACUGACAAAGGAUAUAGCUCAGAACCAACAAGCACUGAAAAGGAUGAUUUUGAUAUUAUCUCUUGUAGGAGGUCUAGGCGUGAUUGCUAUUGUGGCAACCAUUGUUAUUUUCACCAAAAUUAGAGCCAAAAAUAGGAGACAUAGAGAAGAGGCAACAGAAGCGGUUGCAACAGCCACCGAUAGUGCUUCAACCACUUCUUCCAGUAGCGAUGACAGUUACUCUCAUCGCCAUAGUCAUCAUUAUGAAAACGAACAAGAGGAAAUCGUACCUUCUGCACCGCCUGCUCUAGCUAUGAUCGAGCCUCCUCAAAGAAGAUAUGUAAUAUCUAUGAUAUCACAGACUACUGCUGCCCCUUCAGCGCCCACUGCUAAGGAACUGGACGCCAUAGUCGAUGAUAAUGAUGAAGUAGGAUCUUGCUCAAGAUAUGCUGCACCACAACCAGAGGGUCCACCACCAGCGUAUACACCGAGUGCACCACCACACUAUGCGUUGCCUAUGGAUGCAGUUGUAUUAGAAAAUGUCAUUCCCCCAAGAAGACACUCUUAUGGUUCCUAA